AUGAUCGUUCUGAAUAAGUCGCUGACGAGUGAAUGCGCUGUUGGUUCACAGGGUAAAACUAUACAGGUCAUCUCCUUUCUAUCCGCAAUCAUGGGCAAGCACGGUGACAAGCGCGACCGCAGACGCCGGUGGCGCCACGUUUCCCAGCUCCAAGACGGUGCGCAGUGGAAGAAACACAGAAAGCUACCACCCGCCAAUGCAACGUGGCCAACGUGCUUGAUCAUUGCGCCGAGCUCGGUGGUGCCGAAUUGGCAAAGGGAAUUUGAGACUUGGGGUUACUUUGAAGUUGGCAUGUUUCAUGGGACGCCCGCAGAGCAAGAAGUUGCACUCCACGACUUCGAACUCGGACGCUUGGAUGUCGUCUUGACGUCUUUCGAUCUCGCGCGCCGGCACAUCGACAAGUUGGACACUCUCCCGUGGUCGUGCGUCAUCGUGGACGAGGCGCACCGCCUUAAAAGCAUCACGUCCAAACUGACGCAGGCGUUCCACCAGUUCGCGUGCCCGCGGCGCAUCGGGCUCACAGGCACCGCGAUACAAAACUCGUACGAUGAGAUGUGGACGAUCCUGGAUUGGACGAAUCCAGGACGUCUAGGGACGCGGAAACAGUGGAAGGUCCUGGUGGCCAAACCUCUGGCGGUGGGCCAAUCGUCGGGUUCGAGCGAGGAACAGCGGGCAAACGCGCUGUCGGUAGCUCUUAUUUUGAGGGACAAGAUACUGCCUAACUUCUUUCUGCGGAGGACGAAGGAAAUCAUUAAACACCAGCUUCCCAAGAAGAUCGACGAGGUCGUCUUCUGCCCUUUGACCGAAGUUCAAAUUGAUGUGUACAAGCGUUUACUUGCUAUGGAGCCGGUACAAAAUCUCAUCCGGAAAGAUGAGAUGUGCCCCUGUGGUUCUCAAGAAAAGCGGAAGGAUUGCUGCUUCCCCUUCGCCGCCGGCGACCUGUUCAAGUUCAUGUCCGUCCUCAUCAAGCUCGCGAAUCACCUCGCCCUUAUCCUUCCAGGGCCCGAUGAUACGCCAGAUCAGCUGGCCCGCAACAGAGAGCUCGUGGCUAUCGCCUUCCCCAAGAAAAAUGCCCCGAAGCAUGUAACCGCCAUGCUGCAAGAGAAAUACUGUGGCAAGUGGCGCGCCUUGGAGAUGUUGCUGACAGACUGGCGCAAGGACCGUACGAAUAAGGUCCUCAUUUUCACGAAGUCGGUGAAGCUGUUGACGAUGUUGGAGUUUCACCUGAAUAAUCGCGGCUUCGGGUAUGUCAAGCUAGAAGGGAAGACACAUAGCAAAGAUCGCAUGUCCAUCAUAGAUCAGUUUCAGCAAGACCCAGAUGUUUAUAUUUUCUUGGUGUCUACUAUGGCAGGUGGCACUGGCUUGAACCUUACUGCCGCAAAUAAGGUCGUAGUGUUUGACCCCAAUUGGAACCCUGCGCAUGAUCUCCAAGCGAUGGAUCGCGCGUAUAGGUUCGGUCAAACCCGCGACGUUCACGUUUAUCGGUUGCUUGGAGCUGGAUCCAUUGAGGAACUCAUAUACGCUCGUCAGAUAUACAAGCAGCAGCAAAUGGCGAUCGGCUAUCAAGCAAGCGUACAAACUCGGUUCUUUGAGGGAAUUCAAGGAGAUACUACGAAGCAAGGUGAACUCUUUGGGAUCAAGAAUAUCUUUAAGCUGCACGAGCAUACUUUGAGCACUAAGACAGUGAUCGAGAGAGCGUCCAUUGCUGAAUUUGACUGGGCCAUGGCCAAUCUCAGCGGCUCCAACUCUGGCAAAAAGUCCAAGGCGGGUGAUGAGUUGACUGCUGAUGCUGGUCAAGACGCAGGUGACCUGCGAGGGCUAGGGGCACUCCUCUUUGACGAGCAUGUUCCUGAUAUUUCCAACUCGGAAACCGCGAUUCAGAAAACGCUGAGCACUGUAGGUGUCUACAGCCACAAGAACGAUGAGAUCCUCGCAAGUAGCAAAAUAGAGGAGGCGCGGGUGCUCAAUGCUUUGAAGGAAUCCAAACGCAGGAAGCGCGCCAGAAAAUCUGCAGCGAAAGGUGAGCCAGAGAAGGCCCCCGAACCUGUGUGGCCCCCGAAGCGUAAACAUCAUAAACCCAAGCCAACGCCUCAGGAACUCAUCACAUCAAGACAAGAGGCUCUUCUGGAACUUAAAUAUAUCGAGCGCCCUGACCAACUGCCAGAAUUUGCCCUCGAAUUUGCUCGCACCUCUAUCGAGGAUCAAAACGCACUAGUAGCGAAGCUCGAUCGGCACACAGAGAAGAAAGCAAGGACUCAUCAAUGA